GCUGUCCUUUCCGUGUAAACUUCCGAAGAUUGCCAGGCAGGUCCCGCCAGGCAGAGAUAUGGCCGACAUGAAGGGUGAUGCCCGUGACUCGGGUAACCAGUCAGUGCAGGUGUUUGGCCGCAAGAAAACGGCGACGGCGGUGGCCCACUGCAAGCGCGGCCGCGGCCUGAUCAAGGUCAACGGGCGGCCGCUGGAGCUCGUGCAGCCGGCCGCGCUCUCCUACAAGCUGCAGGAGCCCAUCCUGCUGCUGGGCAAGGAGCGCUUCGCCGGCGUCGACAUGCGCGUGCGGGUCAAGGGUGGCGGCACCAUCUCACAGGUGUACGCCAUCCGGCAGGCCAUCUCCAAGGCGCUGGUGGCCUACUACCAGAAGUACGUGGACGAGGCGUCCAAGAAGGAGAUCAAGGACAUCCUUAUCCAGUACGACCGUUCGUUGCUGGUGGCUGACCCGCGGCGCUGCGAGUCCAAGAAGUUCGGCGGCCCCGGAGCGCGCGCCAGGUACCAGAAGUCCUACCGUUAAGCUUGCACGUGUCUUUCUCGCGUCUACAAUAAACGCGGACGGGAGAAAGGCGUGA